GUAAAAAGCAUAAAGCAAAAACGCCUCUCAGACGCUCUUCCGUUUACUUGUUUAAUAAAGAAAAACAAAUGGACUAUUAUCCACGGAUUAUAAAUGCACCCACUUAAACAUCAGAAAAUGUCUUCUCAGUGACAUUCAAUCACGUGAUGUGUAAGAGGCAGGCAAAGCAAGACAUAUUCCCUGUGAAAUGAAAGUGAAAGUCAAUUUUCAACCGUAGAGAAGUCGUUGUUGGGCUCGAGCAGCAAGUAUAUAGUUCUACCAAUAGAUGAUCAUGUAUUUCAUCUUAAAAAUACUUAGUUUCUUGUAUCUUUGUGCCGGUGUGCAGUGUGUCCAUCAGGUGUCAUGGCUGCCCUGUCCGUUCACUGAUGAACACGUGUUUAAGAAUGAAGAGGGUCACACAGAGACUCAGCUCAUCCACAGAGAGGCCCUGCUGCAGUUUGGUCAAAUAGGAGAUGCUGCUGUUAAUCCACAUGGGAUCACUUUCCUGAUUACUGCCUCUAAAUUGGACCUGCGGCGAUACUUGGAGGGAGUGGAGGCUGAGCAGUUGGAGUGUGAGCUGCGUAGGUACAGCACAGCGGGCAUCCAUGUUCGCUGGCCAGCGCUGGGGGCCCGGGAGUACAACCACUGGUUCACCUGCACCCUGAAACACACCAACGGCCUGUUCAGAAUCACAGGCUUCCUCAGACACCCAUCGGACACAGCAGCCCCGGGACAGCAGGACUACAACAGCUGGACUCCCAUCGGGGACAAAGAGAUGCUCGUCACAACAACUGCCAUGGUAAUGAAAACACUAACUCCAUCAGUGAGAGCAGGCCUGGGCUCCAAACAGAGGCUCCACUGCCAGUUUGCUGUCGACCACCAUGGACCAAACUUCAAUGUGGAGUGGCUCCUGCAGCAGCGUGGAGAGAGAACCAGCCUCUUCAAUCACAGCAGCCGCUCAGAAAAGAGCAAGGGGUCCGGGGUCGUACUUAGGAGCCUGGCAGACGGGGACGCUUCCUAUACCCUUCCCUUCACCAAGUUGAGCAGUGAAGGGACGUACAUCUGUUCAGUGUCCGUGCUUCCACUGUUCGUCAGUAUGGAUAUUGUUCUGCAAAUCGAAGAGGCUCCCAGGGUCUCCCUCAACGUUGGACCCACUCUGAUACUGCUGGAGGGCGGGGAGCAGAGGGUGACAUGUGAGGCAGACAGUUACUACCCUCUGGAUGUGGAGAUUGGGUGGUACAUGCAGGACCCGGCGGUGGCGGGACAGAGGGUGGGCGCUCCUCUCCCCGAGAAGCUCCAGAACGUUCUGCUGUCCAGCCACAAACACAACAACGACAAGACGUACUCGCUGACGGCCUUCUUCUACCUGCAGGCUGCACUCAAGCACUCAGGAAGGGAGUUCACAUGCAGAGUAUCCCAUAAGUCCCUGAGGGUGCCCAUCAAAAAGAGCUUCACCCUGACUGUGGAGGAGCCAACCGGCUGGAUGCUUUUCAUUGUCAUCUCGCUGCUGCUCACCCUGUGUGUGCUGCUGUGUUACCUGCACUUAGCAAGAAGACGAUCACGACAGAACCGACUAUACUGAGCAGCAGCCUUGGAAGAGUGAGAAGAUGGAGCGGUAAAGGCGAACUGUCCCCCUACCUCCUCAGUUUGUUUCAGACUAAUUUUAUUGGUGUGUGUGUGUGUUUAUAUUAAGAUGAAUGUUUGUAUUGAUGUCGCAUUGAUUUUGCUAAUGCUAAUAAAACAAUUAAAUUGAAUUAUCAAACUUGAAAAUGCAACAGUUUACAGGUUCAUGCAUAGUAGUAGUAGUUAAAUAGAGCAACGCUUUUUGAUGCACAUGCAAAGUUCUGUACACAGGCAGCACAGCAAGCAAAUACUCCAAUACUGAAGGACAGCAAACAUGGAUGUAAAUAAAACAUGAUUUGAAGAAUGAAAUAAUAAAUAAUGAAACUCUGAGAAGGUAAAUAUAUUCAACACAUUUGUUAGACUUCAGCGACACACUUAUUGAGAAACACUGAAUCUAACUAUAUUUGGGCACAUAGGACUACAGUGUUUUAUCUAUAUUGUGUAUAUGUGUGCUCAAAGACAAAAAAGAAAGAAAAUCUCUUACCUCAGAAACAACAAGGAGCCCUAUCAAGUAACAUGUAUCCACUGUAUGAACAAGAUGAAUAUCAAAGAUAUGCACAGUGUAAAUACAAUAUUUCAUAUUGAAGACAUUUAAUAAACACGGUACUCUGGCGACGAAG